GUUCAAACCAAGCUGAGCUGGAAAAGUUCUGGUGCCUAUAGCGUGGAAAAUCAAUCCAUCGAGUAGUCUGUCGUAAAAAUUGAGAGAGCCGAUAUAAAUAUACCCAAGUCAUAAACAAGUGCGUUUGAAUACCAACAAAAAAAUAAAAGAAAAAAAGUCAGAAAUCAUUUACGAGUGCUGUGCUGUGGGCGCAUAAUUGUAUGCAAAAGUGCAUAAAGUAUCCAACAGAAUAUAGCGAAAUCAAUUUGUUGGGGGGAACCACCCAAAUAAAUUCCCCAUCAAUUCUUUUCGACCACUUGAGCCGUGUUCUUGAGACAUGCAAAAGUAGCCAGUGAAGUGUUAAAUACAAAAAAAUAAUAGUAACAACAACCAAGCAACAACUAGCGACAACUUGCGAAACUUAUUUUUGCGAGUGUUUUUUUGUUUGUUCGCCGCCGACGACGACGAAGCCGCCUCAACAAAAGAACUUUGACUCUCCACGAUUGUAACGAAUGAUUUGUAUGAAUUUGAAGGCAAACUUGGAGCUGAAAGGAUUAAGCAGUCGCAUACUUUACGAGCCCAGCUAUCCUACAAGGAAUAAUGCUCAGACUUUUGCUGGUUCACAUAAUAACGAUAUGUGCGCUAAUAACUAUUGUUAAGUGUGGUGUGCCAAUUGGAACCGGCGGACCUUCAAUUAUUUUGGAGAGCAAAGAUGCUUUAUUAACCUGCGUAGUCUCAGAUAAUUCCGCGAACAACACGGUAAUAUGGAAGAAGGGUGACGAGAUCCUGACCGCCGGCACAGUGCGGGUAACCAAGGAUUAUCGGGUGCGAAUCCUGCACGAUGAGAAUCCCAAGGGAAGGAACCUGGAAACGGGGGGCGAGGUUUGGGUGCUUUUGAUUAAGACUCUUAAGCCCAGCGAUUCGGGGGCUUAUAUAUGCGAACUUAACUCGGAUCCCGUUCUCCGCAGCAUUCACAUCCUGACGGUUAAGGAGCUCCAUUCGUCGACGGGUGGUCCGGGAAAUUCCACGGACACGUCGACCGCGGAGUCGAGUGAUGUGUUCCUGUUGCCGCCACCGCUGGACGCGCAGGAUAAUCGCAGCUUUUGGAGGCCCAGUCAAGUGCCACCGCUGGUGACCCACGAUUUCACCGAGUGCUGCGAACGGGCCAACGUGUCCACGCAAUGCAUGGGCUUCUGCAACGUGCAUAACAUCCUUGACGGCACCACCGGCAUCGAUCCGGAGGCCUGCGAACGGGACUUCCCCGGCAUUGUGCGCUGCAUGGCGGAUGGCCGCAACCAUGUGCCCUGCUGCGUGGACAAGCAGAUUCCGGACUUGUGCCAGGACAUGUGCCGCGGCGAGUACACUCCGUUCACGGACAAGUUGAAGACCCGUGUUUCCUGCGUUCAGCACACACUGAGUGGGCUGCAGUGCAUCCUGAAGGGUGUGCAGCUGAUACCCAGUUCGCCCACCUUCGUGACGAUCGAGAACGUUAGCGAAACGAGUGUGACCAUCGGCUGGACAGCGCCGGAUAAGCUGGCCGAUCGCGUUUCCGGCUACACCAUUAAUGUGACCACUCUGCACAGCUUCGAUGAGGAUGAGUUGAGUGGCGAGAUUGUUCACCGCACGGCCUCUGAUUCUCCAGAAUCGAUCAGUCUCUAUACGGUGCCCACGAAUCAGACUCAGUUGACACUGAGCAAUCUAAGUCCGCUGACCAUGUACGCCGUAGUUGUCACGGCCACCAAUGAUUUUGGCUCCAGUUUGCCCACCGAGCGGCUAAGAUUUUUCACCCACAUCAGCGCCUCGGCGGCGGAAUCGAAAGCCGGAACCACGGACAAACAGGCAAUGCCCCAACUUCCGGACACACGACAGUGUUGCGAGGACAAUGGCAUGACCCAUCGCAUGUGCCUGGACAAAAUGUGCGAUCCGCAGAAGACCGAUCAGGCCAACUUGCCCGACUUCAUGGUGUGCGCUCCCUGGUCGAAUAUCACUUUCAAUUGUCUGGCCAAUAAUAUUGAUCAUACGCCGUGUUGCCGCGCCAGGGGAAUACCAUCCGCCUGCUUUCCCUUGUGCGCUGGCAAGCUGACUUCACUCGACUUCAGUUUGUUCAAAUGCCUGCGCUUCAUGUCCGAGUACAACAGCUGUCUGUUCCAGGGCUACGGCGUACUGGCCGAUCCGCCGUCAAAACUCCGGACGGUGGCCAAGACGGACAGCUUCGUGAUUCUGGACUGGAACAAGCCGAAGCGCCUGGCCGACACCGUCAGCACAUAUCACGUCAAGUUCCGACGUCUGGGAGUGGGUGAUGACUAUCUGACCGUGGAGAAGCGCCAGCCGCCGCUGAUUCUCGAGGGCCUGGAGUCGGACAUCUACUACGAGUUCUACGUGGUCUCGAUAAACGCGUACGGCAAGAGCGAGCCCUCCCCCCGCCUGAUCACCCGGACUCUGCCGGCAGAGCCUGUCCAGCAGACAGCCACCAGAUACAACAUGACGACCUGCUGCCAGGCCUCCGGACUGCUGCCCCAGUGCGCACCCCUCUGCUCCUACAACAUUCGACUGUCCGAUAUAGAGCGACUGGGUCCGACUUGUCGAGCCCAAAUGCCAAUCCUGGCCCGCUGUGCAGCCGGAGGACGUGAUCACAGUCCGUGUUGCAGUCGCCGUGGAGUCAUUAACGCCUGCAUGCCCCUCUGUCGCGGCGUCAUGCCGCUCGCACUGACCACCAAAUCGGCUUCAGCAACGGCGGCUGCCGCAGCAACAUCAUCAUCUGCAGCAGCAGCAGCAACAUCUGCAUCUGCCACAAGCAACAGCAAUGCGGCAGGAGCAACAUCAUCAUCAUCAUCAUCGUCUGCCUCAUCGGGAACGUCAAGCAAUGUGCCCGAUUGUUUAUCAUAUGCCGGCAACAUUCUGCAGUGUUUCGAGGAAGGCACACAGAAUAUCCCAGGACCACCGGAAGAUGUGCAUGCGACAUUCGUGAAUCAGAGCAGCGUCAGUUUGGCCUGGACGCAGCCAGAUGUGGAUACUAGUAGCAAUAGUAGCAGCAGUGGCAACGCAUCGCCAGGUGACAUGAUAACCGGCGAUGAACUGGCAGCUGGUGCCGUGGAUCCUGCCAGCGCUGGAAAGGAUGUGGCGAAUGCUGGCGAUGCCACAAGUGGGACAACUGGAACGGAGGAUAUUGAAUUCAUCGUACAAUAUGGCAGAGUCAAUAACAUGACCAUGUACGAGACAGUUGCCAAAUUGGAAAAUGAAUUGACCACCAAUGAGACGAGUAUCGAUUUGACCAAUUUGGAUGCGAAUGCCUUGUACCGAAUUACGGUUGUGACGCGCGGAAAAUUUGGAACAUCGCUGCCGGCAUCCAUGCUCUUGCUGAAUACAACUGACCAACAACGGACCGGCGAAGCCUGGGGAGCCCCCUCACCGCCCCACUCGCUGACGGUGGUGGCCCACAGCGCCACAUGGAUGCAGCUCACCUGGCAGCCGCCCGAGUACGCCCAUCCGCACGAGAGGAUUACCUACAGAGUUUACCACAAGGCCAUGAGGGCCGAGCAAUUCAUAAAGAUUGAAACGAAGCUGGCCUGGCUGAGGAUGAACAACCUGAAGCCGAGCUCCCAGCAUGUGCUCUACGUGGAGGCUGUGGGUGAACGUGGCGAUUCCCUGCCCUCGGAGACGCUGGUGGCCUGGACGGAUCCCGCCCUGCCCGCCUUCGUGGAUCCCCCCACUGUGCAUCCGGCGGACAACAUACCGGAGGGCGGUUCCAUGACCAUUCUCUGUCUGGCCUUCGGCAACCCGGCUCCAACCAUCUCGCUCUACGUGGGUGGACAUCUGGUGCGGCAGGACGCCUCGCGGCACAUGGUCACGGUCAUUCACAACGUAUCGGCCGAUAUGGAGCACGUCUCUUGCUAUGCGGACAACGGCUACGGAGUGCCCAUGCAGGCCACCAGGAGGGUUAACAUAUGCUAUCCUCCAAAGAUCCAGGCUGCUGGCAUCACCGUGGCCAACAUUGGCGAUGAGAUCGAACUGCGGUGUACCGUGGACUCCAAGCCGGCGCCCAAGACAAUUUUCUGGAGGGAGAAAGAUGGAAGGGUGCCCGUUAUAAAUGGCGGAAACUAUUUCAUUUCCGUGAAAGCCAACGAAUCCCGACCCUCGAUUUAUACGAUGUCGUUAAGGAUCAGCAAGCUGCAGGCCAACGAUGUCGGCGAUUAUUUCUGCCAUGCGGAUAAUCCCUUCGGAGCCACCACCACUCCGGUAUCGGUGCGUAUACGCAAUACGCCGGCGCUCAAUCACAACGUAUCCGAAUGCUGUGCGGCGCAAAAUGUUUCGAUGGCAUGUCGCAGUGCCUGCAGCUAUUAUGUGGACUUCGAUGCGAUUGCUGAUCGACCUGAGUGCAUUGUGGACUUUGAUAAGCUGAUGCGAUGUGCCGCCGAUGGCUCGGAUCACAGAUCCUGCUGUGCGGAUGAGCAUGUGCCCCGAAAGUGCCUCAAUUGGUGCCGCGGUGAAUCCGUUCGAUCCAAGGAGAUCUGCAGCCUGCAGUACGCCCGAACAAUUGUUGGUUGCUUUGAGAAGAACCGCGAUCGAUUGCCUGGACCGCCGGAGAACAUUGUGGUCAGCGUGGUAUCCGACAGCGAAGUUAAUAUCAGAUGGGAUGCGCCGACAAAGAAUCCAAAUGCCGUUGACGGUUAUAGAAUAUUUUACCACGAGGCCGCCAUACUGCCGCCAACGUCGUCGAGCUCGAGUUCGAGUUCGAGUUCGGGCUCCCCAUCCUCGGAUUCAGGCUCCUCGAUGGAGAAUCCCGGCAUGGAUACCCUGGCCGCCAUGAAUAAUGCAACAAGUAUGGGCAACAGCAACAACGCGAUGGCUGCUCUCGAGAUACGACGCAUCGACGUAAAGGACACAACAAUAAGCAUUAAUGGCCUCAAGAAGGAUGUGCUCUACGAGUUGGUGGUGAAGGCUGGCAAUAGCUACGGUGCCAGCGUGCUCACAGAUCCGAUUAGGUUCACCCUCGGCGAGCACCAUGUGACCUCGGCCACCAGCAGCUACUCAAGUGCCGUGGGCACCAUCAGUGGCAUUGUGGCCAGCAUUUUGGCCAUUCUCCUGGCGGCGGCGGCCAUUGUGUUCUAUCGCCGACAGCGCUCCAGCUACGGAAAAUCAGCCAACGGCAAUGUGGCGUUCGAGAAUCCCACCUACACCAGGGGCCUCGAACAGGUGCAGCUACCCACCGUCACAUCGGCCAUCACGACGCAAAAUGGCAACCACCAUGGGAUGAGCAGCAGCAACAACAACGGCAGCAGCAACAGUCACAGUCAUGGUCGUAAUGGCAUUGCCGCCACCAUGACGACAUCCACAACGACAACGGCGCCGACGGCAGCGGCAGCAGCAGCGUCAUCGGCCACCUCGGCAGGUGUGGCACUCACGGGGAAUAAGCAACAUCAGCAGCAGCAACAGCAGCAGCAGCAGCAGCAACACAAGAGUGCGGCAGAUGCGGCGCAUCACUUUCAUAACCCGCUCAGCAAUACGCAGUGCAAUGAAGUAAAUCCCACAAUUUAUGAAGAGCUCAAACUUGGCCAAGAAGGUGCUGGAUUUAAGAAACUUGUGCCAUAAACGUAGCACAAUAACAAUAACAACCACACAGAGACAGACAGCAACAGCAACAGCAACAAUAACAAUAACAACCACACAGAGACAGACAGCAACAGCAACAGCAACAAUAACAAUAACAAUAACAAUAACAACAACAACAACACGGGACGAAUGACAACAAAAACAAGAACGACAACAACCACGUAUAGCUAGCGAACUUAUAUAUAUAUAUAUAUACUAUAUAUAUAGAAAUAUAUACGCUAAAUGUAGACAUAGGCCGUGUAAACAGCGCGAAGCGCAACCUCAAACAACUACACUUACACAAACAAAAACACAGACGCUGACAAAUACAAGUACACAACCACACUCACACACACACAAACACACACACAGAUAAACACACACGCACACGUAGACAGUGUGUACUGUGACAUCUUUACAGAAUGCAUUGCGAGAAAAAACGUUGGGUAACAUAAAUUUUUGCUUGCAAAAAUCUUAUUUGGGUAGCGUGUAAUAAGUAAUAAAUUUUUAGUAUGUAACUGUGAUUCAAAACGAAAACAAUGUAAAAUAAUUAACUAAUUGGUAAUGAAGUAAGCAAAACUGAUUGAGAAAAAAAUACCAAUGAUUAGUAAAAAUCUA